AUGGGUGCCAGGGCCUCCGUUCCAGCAGAUCGAACAACCGGCAAACCGCCGCGGCCUCUGCGCCCGGCAUCACGGCGAGCUGCAACCGCCGGGAUCCUCGAGCACCUCGACUGCAAACACGUCGUCAUCCUCGUCCUGGGAGACGUGGGCAGAAGCCCCCGCAUGCAGUACCACGCCAUGUCCCUCGCUUCCCACGGGGUACGGGUGACGCUCAUCGGGUACUCGGGCGAGCGUUGCAUCAGCGCCGUCGAAGACAGCCCGCGCGUGGACACGUCCCGCCGCUUCGACCCUCCGCUGUCCGGGCCCUGGGGUAAGAGCUUGAAGCGAAGGGCGUACCUCUUGUUCGCCGGAGUCAAGGCGGUGGCACUCCUUGUGAGGGUUAUGUAUGAGCUUGUGCUGGUGGCCGGGCGGCGUGGGGCCGGCGGCGGUGCGGUCGCCGACAGCGGUGGCUUUGGCGAUGCCCUGAGGCCGGACGCUAUCCUCGUGCAGAACCCCCCGUCCCUCCCUGGGCUCGCCUGUGUCUACCUUGCGUGCCUUUUGAGGAGGUGCGCGAUGGUCUUGGACUGGCACAACUUGGGCUUCACCAUGUUCGGCUGCGGGCCCCGGCAUCCGCUGGUGUGGAUCACACGCAGGGCUGAGGGAUUUUUUGGGCGAAGAGCGACGGUCAACUUGACAGUCUCGCACGCCAUGCGUAACUGGAUCAAAGAAAACUUCGGCGUCCCGGAAGGUUACGUCGUCUACGACCAGCCGCCCGAGUUUUUCCGCGCCCCCACCGUGCCGGAGCGCCACGAGCUCUUCACGAGACUCACUAGGACAAACCCUGACUUUGCGGACGCCAUUCGCGCGCUCACGCUGGCUUCCUUGCGAGGAGAGUUGUCCGCGAUAGGCGGAGGCGGCGGCGAGGGGGACGGCAACGACCGACUGGGACACGGCAACGAUGGCAACGACGGCACGGGCCGCCCUCACCCCAAGAAGGCCCGCGGCCAUUCGGACGACAACAGCGGCAGUGGAAGGAGCAACAGCGAUAGCGGCGGGAAUAGAGAAGUGACGGAGGUGACCCCGCCGCCGAUCGCGAGGACCCCGCCAGCAGAGUGGGAAGAAGGAGACCCGGCGGGACAAGAAAGGACCCUGUUUACGACGCGGUCCGCCGACGGCGUGUACGAGCUGCGUCGGGAUCGACCGGCCUUGCUCGUGUCUUCUACAAGCUGGACCCCGGACGAGGACUUCUCGGUGUUGCUGGAAGCUCUGCGGCGCUUCGAUCUGCGCACGGCUUCGGGGGCGUCGCCGACGCUCCCGCUGGUGAUGGUGGUGGUGACGGGUAAGGGGCCGGACAAGGCCAAGUACGUGGCGCGCAUGAGAGCGGCGAGGAUGUCGAGGGUCGCGGUGUGCACGGCGUGGCUGGAGCCGGAGGACUACCCGUUGCUGCUCGGGAGUGCUGACCUGGGCAUCUGCUUGCACACGUCAACGUCAGGGGUGGACUUGCCGAUGAAAGUGGUCGACAUGUUCGGCUGCGGCGUGCCAGUGUGCGCCGUUCACUUCGAGUGCCUGAAGGAGCUCGUUCAGCAUGGUUACAACGGGUGCGUCUUUCGGGACAGUACGGAGCUUGCCCUCCAGCUGGAGGCACUGCUCGACGGGUUCCCCAGGGGAGGGUCUGAGCUGGAUGGAUAUCGGAGCAACGUAAAGGAGGUGCAACGAUGGAGGGAGAACUGGGACGAGUACGCCUGGCCGAUCUUCUCGAAGAUCGGGCGGCUUAGGGCAGGACCAACAAACACAAGAGGGACCGGUGCCCGAGGGAGUCCCAGAGGAGGAUUUUUUUCCAACGCGCGGGGAGGGGGCUGGUCGACCGGGGGGCUGGCGGAGUCCGUGGUGGUACCGGCGACGAUGUUGUUGGUCUUGCUCGUGAGCGUACCUUGGCUGUCCCACUCGCUGGAGAGCUGGGCCGCAGACGGGGCCGCCGCCGCCGACCGCUGGCGACGCCAAUGGACUUGAAAAAACGAAUCGAGUCGAUCGGAAGGAUCCGGCCCCUGUCGAGCGAUUCUUGAGUGGGCCCCUAUUGCUUGUUGUUGUAAUUAAUGUUGAUGUCAUCGAUGACCUUGUGGACGCUCUGUUUGCUGCUUUCUCUUG